CAAAGAGCAAAGUUGAUCAGUGUCUCUCAAAUUCACAAACCCCACCCAGAAGCAGCAGAUGGCGGUUUCCGACGCGGUGGUUAGGAACUUGACGAUGAUUUACGUGGCAGUCAUUGUCGCGAUCAAGGGGUACGGGGUGGCGAUUGGGCAGAGCUUCGGCGGUGCCUUUGUGUUAAUCCUCUCCACCGCCGUGGUGUGCCUUAUCCUGUUCCUGACUCUGACGUGGGAUGUCUCCCGCAAACCCACAUAUGCAGUUCCCGGCGACUACAAUCCUCCAGUUGCUCAUGAGUCGUGCAAGGGUGGUAUUUGCUGGCACGGCGUGGCCGUCCGAUCCUCGGCUUCUGAUGUCCGUUUGAGGCUCCCUCAACAACUCAGUUGUGGUGGAUUUUCGUAAAUUUGACAAAGAACAGGGGUAAAAGAUAAAAUAUAUAUAUAUAUAUAUAUAUAUAUAUUGAAGUGGUUAAAAUCACUCUCUCUUGGUCGUUGGUGUUUAUAUGUAGUAUAUCUAGUAAAUACGAACUCCAAUAUAUCGAGGCUUGCUUUUUUGGAUGUAGAGAGGGAUAUGAUUGUAAAUAAAUAUUUUCUCUUUUAUGGAGAUUGUAAAUAAAUAAGAAGUAAUCCGGACAAGAUGAUGCGAUUUAGCAAAUUUUGUGUUAUAAAUAAAUAUUGGCCUCAUUUUGAUUAA